GAUAUUUAUUAUAUAGUCUGAACUCAAUUACCAGUAUUAGAAUUAGGACAACAGUCAAAGCUUGAACUUCAUUCUUAUCAUAUCACUAUCGUCGACAUCAACAUGUCUUCGCUCGCAAAUUCAUCAUCAUCCUCUCGCACGUCUUCAAUAAGCUCAACAUCGAGUUCGAAAAGUUUGAGCGACAGCACAAAUGCAGGUAUUGGGAAGAAGAAGUUUUGCUGUAGUUUUGCGGGGUGUGGAAAGUCGUUUUCAAGGAGUGAACAUUUACACCGUCACGCGUUAAACCACAAGGAUGGAAAUCAUACCUGUCUGCGCUGCCGUGCACACUUUCGACGUCGCGACCUUCUUGAUAGACAUAUGAAUCGUCACAAGGAGAAGGAUGAUGAAGCUGGUGGCGAGGGACUAGGCGUAUUGGCCACCAGAAAAAGACUUUGGAGAGACGCAGACGGAAACAUUGUUGCUACAAGAAGACCAUCAUACGUACAAGAAGGUACCAAACGCAGACAAACAACCACGAGGGCAGACAGAAAAAUGAAAGUCAGCAUUCAAUCCGAUUCUCAAGAUCAAGUCGGCAGUCACCAAUUACUAUCUCCACCAAUGAACACUCCCACCAUCAGAUCAAGAUCGCCAUCUACAAUUGUGGUGGAUAGCGGAAGAUCAUACCCGGAAGCUGAGGGCCACCAGAGAUUCGAAUCACAUCACCCUGUUCCAUGGAAUGGUAUGACUGCAUCAAUACCAUCACCACCAACCUCAGAAUCUAGCAUUCACUCAGCAGGCCAAUCUCCAGCGCCUGAACUCGGUGAUCUUGAUGGUCUCUACGAAGAAACCACAUGGCCUGCCAUUCCAAAUGGUCUACCUCAGGCUCCUCUCAAUCGCCAACUUCCUGAGCCUACCGAAUACAACAUGGGACCUUCACAUCAUUGGGGCUCGCAACCCUUUCAAACAUUCAUGGGGGCAAUGCCGGAGGUUCCCGGGAGCUACGAUGAUAUCUUCAAGCCAGAUCCAGGAAUGUACGAGUGGCAGAUGCCGCAAUGGAAUAACCAGAUGCUUAUGUCAAGAGUGAGAGAGGAGAAGCCUGGGUACGAAGCGCAAGAAGAGCCAAAGAGGGAAUGGGGUUAUUCGUAUUCUGCGCAAGGGGGCAAUUUUCACAGGACCUAUGGUGUUGGAAGAUGUUGAGAUGGGAAAUGAAAUCAUGAAUAAAUGAAUCAAUGGUUAUGAAUAUCGAUCUGGUUCUGUUUGAAUAUUUGUGUGAAAUUAGCGGUUGAUACCAUAGAAGUUUUGAUAUUUUAUAGCAAUUGAAGACAUCAACUGUCGUUGCUCUCAAUCUCGCAAUUAUUUUCACUGGCAAAAUCGGGAAGGACA